AAACAAAUGUAUGAUGAUAUUUUCGAACCACAACCAGUCUUCACGCCAUUAUUCGAGUGUAUAGUGAUCGAACAUUAGAGUAUUCAUCCUGGACAAAUUCAAUUUGGAGUGAUAUGAACUUACUGUAGCGAAGAGAGGCGAACGAUUCCAUAAUGCCAUCAACUAUUACCACGCUACAUACUUAUGAUACUGUAUAUUCCGCUGAUUCUGUAGAAUGGUGCCCUCACAAUCCGUAUCAGCAGUUAUUUGUCUGUGGAACAUAUCAACUAGACGACAAAGCAGAAUCUAUAUCGAACAAUACGAGCCAAACUGUUCGCAAAGGUCGGAUAUUGGUAUUCGACUUUGAUUUAGAACAGAAUUUAUUAACGAAAAAGCAAGAAAUUGAAACAUCAGCAAUCUUAGAUCAAAAAUGGAAUCCAUCGAAAGCCAACUUGUCCACGGUGAACGCCAGCGGCGAAAUUGUAGAGUUCAAGUUAUCUUCAGAGGGAGUAUUGAUCGAAAUUGAUAAGCUAAAGAUUCCAAAUGACAGCGAAGGCGAACAGUUGGCUCUCUCGAUUGAUUGGUCUUCAGGUGGCGACGUGGCAGCGGUUAGCGACUCGAAGGGAGGAAUUUCUCUAAUAAGCAUCGAGCCACAUGGAAUGCAAUGUCAAAACCGCUGGAACGCCCAUUCUUUUGAAGCUUGGGUAUGUGCCUUUGACAAAACAGAUCGGAAUGUAUUAUACACAGGUGGAGACGAUAUUCUCCUGUGCAUCUACGAUAUUCGAUGCUCGGAUGCUCCUUCAGUUAAAUUGAAGAACAAGUCUCAUGGGGCAGGUGUAACGUCCUUACUGUCAGUCCAACAUAAAGAGCAUCUCUUGGUUACUGGCAGUUACGACGACUGCAUAAGAAUAUUCGAUACAAGGUCUAUGAAAUGCUGCAUCAACGAAAAAAAUCUUUGUGGUGGAGUUUGGCGAUUGAAACAAAAUCCUAGUGAACCCGAUCAGAUACUGUGCGCUUGCAUGUAUCACAACUUCAGUGUUGUUUCGUUGAGCAGCGAUCACAGCAUUUCGCUGGAUGCGGAUUACUAUGAACAUGGCAGCAUUUGCUACGGAUGUGACUGGAAAUACGGAUUAAAUAAGGGUGAAGCCAAAUAUUUUGCAUCUUGUUCAUUUUAUGAUCACAAAAUGUGUUUGGCUGUUCUUAAGUCAGAGAAAUAAAAACGUAGUGCAAAUACUGUAA